AUGGACGAGUUGAUAGUAGGUACUUACGAGGGUUUCCUGCUUGGUUACUCAAUUCGGACUGAAGAUUCAAUUGUGAAAUUGAAACAGACUUUCGCAACACAGUCACAUACAGCAUCAGUUCGGUGUGUUUCAAUCGGCGGCAAAUUCCUUGCUUCAGGUGGCACAGACGACAAAGUAGUUGUAAUCGAUUUGAAGACACGUAAAGAACAUACAGUUCUCAUGAAUCAUGAUGGGACUGUGAACAGCAUUGCAUUUACACAUAGCGGGACGCAUUUAUUGACGGGCAGUGAUGAUGGUUCUAUCAUUGUUACAAGAACUGGAAAUUGGCAAAUCGAAAAGAUAUGGAAAAAGGCUCAUGGAGGCCAACCUGUAAUCGCUAUUGCUGUACAUCCAUCAGAUAAACUGGCUCUCAGUAUUGGAGGUGACAAAACAUUGAGGACGUGGAACUUGAUCAAAGGUCGUCCAGCAUUUACAAUCAAUCUUGCAAGUAAAGGUGUACUGAUGCCCACAGAAAUCAAAUUUUCUCCAGGGGGUGAUAGAUUUUCUUUAGUUUCUCAGCAAACUGUAGAUGUUUGGACGAUAAGUAAGGCUGGACUAGAAAAAAGAAUUACUUGUAGCUCAAAGCCAAUAGCUGUACAAUGGUUGACAGAUGAAAGAUUAUACGUAGGAUUAGAGAAUGGAAAUAUAAUCACUUUAACUGUAACUGAUACUGAAGCACUGACUUACCAGGCACACAAAACAAGGGUUAAGUCACUACAUUAUGAGAAUGAACUGUUGUACUCAGCAUCAGGCUCUGGAGAACUAAAAGUUUGGUCCGUAGAAGAAUCAAAUCUAGUAGAAAUAAGCUCUUGCAAUGCUGCUUGUAGAGUGACAUGUGUUACAUUGAAUAGACAAAACCAUCUUAUUAAAAAGGAGGAGCAGAAUGACAUUAAAGAUGAAGAAAAAGUAGUUAGUGAAGAAAGUGAUGAUUUAGAUGAAGCUGAAGAAGUUACAGCCACAUCUAAGAGGAAACCAGGAGCAUUUGUCACUAUAAAUUAUGGUGAUGAAAGAAAUGAUGAGGAGAGUGACAAAGAAUUUAAACCACCACCAAAAAAGAAAUGUAAAAAAAGGAAGAGAAACAAAAAGCCCAAAAAUCAAAUCAAUGUUGAAUAA